UACAUGCCAGGGAAUCAGAAGCUGGUAAAGGAGGUCAAGGAGAGUGUGAGGCUGCUGCGGCGUGUGGGGAAGGAAUGCAUUGACCAGAGGAGAGAGGCCAUCCAGAACGGGAAGGAAGCCACACUGGACAUUCUUACGCAGAUACUGAAAGGAGAUGCUCUGGAGGAAACUAGAGAUGAUGAAAACAUUCUGGAUAACUUCAUCACUUUCUUUGUUGCAGGUCAUGAAACCACUGCCAAUCAGUUGUCAUUCACAGUGAUGGCGCUGGCUCAGCAUCCUGAAAUACUGGAAAGGCUUCAGGCUGAAGUGGAUGAAGUUCUUGGUGCCAAGAGACACAUCGACUAUGAGGAUCUUGGCAAACUCACGUACUUAUCACAGGUUUUGAAGGAGUCACUGCGGCUGUACCCGCCCGUCCCGGGGACAGUACGCAGGAUAGAGAAGGAGCACGUCAUUGAUGGCAUCAGAAUUCCUGCAGACACGAUGCUCAUUUUCAGCACUUACAUAAUGGGAAGGAUGGAAAGGUAUUUCAAGGAUCCACUCACUUUCAAUCCAGACCGAUUUAGCAAAGAUGCACCUAAGCCAUAUUACUGCUACUUUCCAUUCUCUCUGGGACCCCGAUCCUGCAUUGGGCAGGUGUUUGCCCAGAUGGAGGCAAAAGUAGUGAUGGCAAAACUGCUGCAGAGGUUUGAAUUCCAGCUGGUACCAGGGCAGAGUUUUAAACUUGUGGAUGCUGGAACCUUCAGGCCACUAGAUGGAGUGAUGUGUAAAUUAAAGCCACGGAGCCCUGCAAGAGGCUGCCAGGCAUGA